GGUUAAUAAAAAUCAUUUCUGUUUCAGGUAGAAGAGAUAUUCUUCUCUAAUAGGUGCAGGAAUAUAAGUUCUCCUAAAAAGAUUAUUAUUGUAUGAUGAUGCCUUCCCAGUUCAAGAUUCCCGCUCAAUAAAGACUUUCCUGUGGUAAAUGAAUAAAGAAGCUUCUGCAAAUCUGUCGUUGUAAAAUUACAAUGUUUUCAUAUAUAAUUUAAGAAGUCAUAACUGAUAUAUCUAGUGUACGAAAAGACUCCCAUUAUUUUCUAAUGUCUUCGUGAGCUUGGAGUGAAGUGUUCACAAUAACUGUGCUGUUUUUACCUUCUCAAUUGGACUUAAGGUUGUUCCUAUUUAGCGACCAGACAAAGAAAAAACAUAACUGACGGUGUGAAAUAGUUAACUGUAAGCCUUUAACUGCUCGAAAAGUCAUUGGAGAUCAGAGAGUGCAAACACAAGGGAAUAAUCUUGGUAGACACAAUGGCAGCCCCAGACCUGGACAUUAUAAAAGAUGUACCAGGUUAUAAGGUGAUACUGAAGGCUGUUCUGAAGAGCCAGAUUCAGCAACUGGUUGAACAGCUGGCCGCCACAGCAGAAGAAGAGUCUGUUAUACUUACAGCAAGUGUUGCAGACGGCACGCUCAGCCAUCUUGGAUCGUCGUCGGGGAAAGGCUUCCUGGAGGAUCAUGAAGACAUUAAGUCACAGUUCCUUGGAUUCUGCCUCAAAA